AUGGCCCUCGUCGCCUACUCCGACUCCGAAGCCUCGGACUCAGAGCCUGAAACCACCGUUCCUCAACCCCAACCAGCCCCGAAGAAACCCACCACCACCACUACCGCAACCACAACUACCAGCAACAGUAACAACAAUAAACUCGUCGACCGCACCAACCCCCGCAAAAUCCGCGUCGCAUUACCAGACAUCAAACCCGAGCACAACGACGACGAAGACAAUGGCCCGCGCAAGAAACCCAAGUUAGGCGGUAGUGGCGGUGGUGUAUUCUCCGGGUUUAAUUCAUUCCUACCUGCGCCGAAGAAAACCACAACAACUACUACUACCGCUAGCAACAGCACAACGGAGAAAAAGGCGCCCGCGCGCAAGAUAUUCAGUCUAAAGACGGGCGCAGCGCCGGGGUUCGAUCGCGAGGCGGAUGCGGAGAUGCGGAAUGAGCGGGCGUUUGGAAACCUAGGUAAUAAAAAUAAUAAUGAUGAUGAUGAAGAUGAGACGAUACCCAAGGCGGGGAGUAUGAGGGAUCAGGAAUUGGAUUUCGGGAAUGAUGAGGACAAGAAUAGGGGAGGAGAGGAGACUCUACCGCAGAUGAAGAAGCCAGAGGAGGUCAAGUUGAAGGGUAAUCCGAUGAUGUUCAAGCCGUUGUCUGUGGGGAGGGCGUCGCAGCAGAAGAAGAGGAAGGCUGUUUCGGAUCUCAUGCCCACUGCUGCUACUGUACGGAGGAAGGAGGAUGGGUCGGUGGGAGCUUCGUCUACAACUGCAUCUGCAUCUGCAUCUACAGCUACGCCUGCGGCGGCGGCGGAGGCGCCUGCUGCACCACCACCAAAACCCAAAAUCAGCCUCUUCUCCCUCUCCGCCGCCGACGACGACAACUCUACCUCUACACCCACCACCACAGCAACAACCUACGAACCCCUAGUCUACACCCCCCUCAACUCCGCUCCCGCCGGGCCCUCCCCCGCCCCCGAAGAUACCACCACAGCACAGCAACCCACAUACCAAACCACUACAUCCGACAACAACACACUCAGCACCAUCGCCGACGACCUUAACCUCUCGAAAGCCCAACGACGCCAACUCUUCGGCCGCAACGCACCUGAAUCCGUGGCGGCCAGUUCCCGCGUCUUGCACUUCAAUACGGACCAGGAGUACGUUACGAACCAGGAGCUGGCGCAUACGGAGCUGGCGGCGCAGCAACAUAACCCUGUUAGGGCGAUUGCGCCGGGUAAGCAUACGCUGCAGCAGUUGGUGAAUGCGGCGAGUACGCAGCGUGAGGCGCUGGAGGAGAGCUUUGCUGCUGGGAGGAGGAAUAAGAGGGAGGCCGGGGCGAAGUAUGGGUGGUGA